CAGUCAGGCAGUCCCACCAAACACACUAAACAACUAAAACAACACACACGCACACGUACACGUAGUCAGUCAGUUUACAAAAUGGAGCAAAAAGUGGAGCACAAAUUGGAGCGCAAAUGGAAAUUUCAGAAUAAACGCACAGUGGACGAUGACGAGCCCCAUCUGACGCCUCAGCUCAAGAAGCACUACGAGGCGGAGGCGGAGGUUUUGAGGCUUCUUCUGGACCUGGAGGCCCGCUUUAAGAAAUACUACGACCUGUAUCAAUGUGAAAUGAAGGCCCAGGUGAUACUAAUCGAGCGCAUUUGGCUGCUUACCCAGCGUUAUUUGAUACUGAUCAGCUCGGAGCAGGGGUGUCAGUAUCCCGAGGUCUAUACCAGGUCCACCGAGGAGGCGAUCAUCAAUGAGUACCAGGAAAAGUUGGAAGUGGUGCGAGUCUCUAACAAUACCAUAAAGGCAGCCAUAUUAAAGGUGAGCGAGUACUGCAAAGAAUUUUAUGCCGCCUAUGACCGGCUGGACAAGACCCAGGAGACUCCGUUCCUUUUGGGCGACAAGCAUCACCGAUGCAUUCAGUACCACAAGAUAAUGGCCGUGGAUAUAUUUAACUAUUUUUACGCCAUGGUGCUGAAGCUCAAGUGCUACAUGCACCAGCUGGAUCCCAUGAGUAUGGAGAGUGUCGAGGAGUAUCGCGAAGUGCUCAAAAAUGAAGCCAUCAUGGAGGAGUUCGAUGAGUAUCUGAAGAUGCGUUUCGUCUACUGCCGGUGCCUGCAGCCGGUGCAAACCUGCCCCAUCUUGAAGCUGAAGUGUUCCCACAAAAACCUUGCAAAUUUGAAGUAUGUCAGUCGUAUUUAAUCAGGCCAAAAACCAAAAACCAAAGAUGUAUGUAAUAGUAAUAAUAAAUAGAAGCCUUGUAACACAUAAAAA